ACAGUACAUUUUAACAGAUACAAAAAAAAAACCUUAGCAUUAAACAAUGGACUUUUCUUACAACAACGUGGUCCCUAGCUUCAGAUUGGAUGGGAGAGUUGCUAUUAUCACUGGAGGUUCAGGCGGGUUGGCAUCCGUGAUCUCUAGAGCCUUAUUGGCUCAAGGAGCUGAAAUCGCCUUAAUUGACAUGAACUUGGAAAGAACCACACAGGCCGCCAAGGACGUGGUCCAAUGGGGAGAAGAAGAGUUGAAAGGCGCCAGUUUCCCUAUCGGACAGGUUACCGCUUGGUCUUGUAACAUUGGAGACUAUCCCAGUGUGGAAGAAACAUUUGCAGCUAUCAACGAAAAGCACGGCAAAAUCGCAGACUUGUUGAUCAACACCGCCGGAUACUGUGAAAACUUCCCUGCAGAAGAGUACCCAGCUCAAAAUGCCGAAGGAAUCAUGAAGGUCAAUGGCUUGGGAGCAUUUUACGUGUCACAAGCGUUCGCCAAACCUUUGAUCCAAAACAACUUGGGAGGAUCGGUUAUUUUGAUUGGGUCCAUGAGUGGAACCAUCGUCAAUGACCCUCAACCCCAGUGUAUGUAUAACAUGUCCAAGGCGGGUGUGAUCCACUUGGCUAGAUCCUUGGCUUGUGAAUGGGCCAAAUACAAUAUUAGAGUCAACACCUUGAGUCCUGGGUACAUUUUGACGCCAUUGACCAGAAACGUCAUUAGCGGCCACACCGAGAUGAAGGAAGCAUGGGAGAGUAAGAUCCCCAUGAAGAGAAUGGCAGAGCCAAAAGAGUUCGUGGGAAGUAUUUUGUACUUGGCCAGUGAUUCUGCCAGCAGCUACACCACCGGUCACAACUUGGUUGCUGAUGGUGGAUACGAGUGCUGGUAAACAGAAAAAUUGGCAUUAGCCAAAACAGUGUUAUAGUAUACAUUGAUAAUGAUAAUAAAUAAUGAAAUCAGCGU